AUGGUCAAACUCACCGAAGUCGAAGACGAGCACUUCAAGGAGAAGCCCACCACAACGAAAAACGAUGCCCUGCUAUUGAGCGACGAUGAGGACGAGGACUACACAGACACCGAAUCCGAGAUAUCAACCGACUCCUACGCCACUCUUGAGGAAGAAACCCUCUUUGAACGCAUCGCCGCCCUCCGAGAUAUCAUCCCCCCAUCCUCGCGCCGUAAAAUCUCCAGCGCCGUCUCCUGCCUCACCUCUUUCACAAAAUCCACUUUCUCAUUUGGAGGAAAGACACUCUGGGUUGUCAGCACAAGCGCCUUUUUGCUUGGUGUACCGUGGGCACUGGCCCUGGCUGAGGAGCAGCAGUAUGUGCAGAUGGAGCGGGAGCAGGACAUGAUCAAGGGAGCUAACGAAAUGCUGGCCCCCGGCACCACGAGUGCGUUGCCGUCGCCUCCAUCCGAGGCUCGACCGGCAUUGUAA